GAUAAAAUGUGCGUCGAAGGCUGUGUCAUUAUAUGUUAGUAGUGAUGUGGAACUGCAAUAGUAGAAAUAUGACGGAGAAAAAUUUGUUUAUUAACGUAUUAUUUCUAGUUAUUGCAAUAAUAUUUAGUCUAAUAUCACAAUGUUCCUCAGUUUUAUCAGACAAACGGCUAUGUUAUGAUCCUGACUGUUCCGUGCCUGUUUCAUUAGCUAGAACAACGCUUACAUAUACUCCAAAUGAAGCAGGGUUAUUAUCAGUUAAUAUUGGUGAUGAAGUCACAGUUUAUAGUAAAGAAGCAGGCAAGAGAAAUGACUUAUGGGGUGUAGAGAUAAAAGGUAAACAUGGAUUUAUAUCAAAAACAUUUUUGAAAGAAUAUAAAAUUUUACAGAAAGACUUGAAAUAUGAAGUACCUAUUGAUCCAUUAUCUGGUAAUAAUGUUCAGUCUAAUAAGAAAUUUCAGUCUAAGAAAAAUAAAAAUAAAUCAGUGUUUGAUAACAAGGAUAUUAAGACUACAAAAAUACAAGAUAAUCAUAAUAAGCCUUUUAUGAAACCAUAUUUUAUGAAAGAAAUUAAGGAAGCAAUGGUAGUGCCAAAUAAAAAAGCUGCAGUUGACGAAGCUACAGUUGAUAAAGCUACACAUGACAAACUACAAAAUAAGGAGCAAGCUGUUCUUACUAAAGUUGAUCAUGAUUUUUUAACAAAUUCUGAAGAAAAAUUAAAUUUAUCCAAUACAUCCGGUAUACACAGUUCAUCAUUAAAUAUAAGUACAAUUUCUAAUAAAGAAGAUUAUACAAAAGAAAAUGUAAAAAAUAACUUCAUUACUAAUGUGAAAGAUAAUAAAAGUUUAAAAGUUAUUGAUACCAUCAAUUUUCAAACUCCUACUGAUUCUAAGAAGACAUUAAAUAUUGAAACUAAAGAAAUAGUUGAUUUAAGUGAAGAACAUAAUGUCAAUUCUCAUGAAACAAUUAUAGAUAGUGAUAUUAAAUCAGACAUGCAAAAUGCAUUAAGUUCUGAUAAAAUUGAUACAAAUAAUAAAAAGGCUACAGAAAGUGUCACAAUAAAUGCAACUGAUAAGAGAUCAGAUAUACCAAGUACAGAAAGUACCACUUCUUCAGAGGAUAUUAAAAUAGUUGCAUCCAAUGAUGCUGGAGAUGUACAAAAUGUAAAAAAUUUUGAUGAAACUGAGACAAAAAAUAUCCAAACCUCAGAAGAUGUAACAGUAGGAGAAAGUAAUGAUACUAGAUUAGAUAAACAAAAUAUAGAAAGUUCUGAUAAAAGUGAGAAAAAAGAAAUUCGAUCUUCACAGAGUGUUACAUUAAUUACAACCAAUGAUACAAAAUCUGAUGUAGAAAGUGUUGCAAGUUCUGAUAAAAUUGAGGUAAAUAAUGACAAGCCUUCAGAAAGUAUCACAUUAGAUGCAACUGAUAAAAAAUCAGAUGUACAAAAUACAGGAAGUACUAACCCCAUUAAGGCACUACAUACUGAAUCUUCAGAGGAUAUUAAAAUAGUUGCAUCCAAUGAUGCUGGAGAUGUAAAAAAUGUAAAAAAUUUUGAUGAAACAGAGACAAAAAAUAUCCAAACAUCGGAAGAUGUAACAGUAGGAGAAAGUAAUGAUACUAAAUUAGAUAAAAAAAAUAUAGAAAGUUCUGACAAAAGUGAGAAAAAAGAAAUUCGAUCUUCACAGAGUGUUACAACCAAUGAUACAAAAUCUGAUGUAGAAAGUGCUGCAAGUUCUGAUAAAAUUGAGGUAAAUAAUGACAAGCCUUCAGAAAGUAUCACAUUAGAUGCAACUGAUAAAAAAUCAGAUGUACAAAAUACAGGAAGUACUAACCCCACUAAGGCACUACAUACUGAAUCGUCAGAGGAUAUUAAAAUAGUUGCAUCCAAUGAUGCUGGAGAUGUACAAAAUGUAAAAAAUUUUGAUGAAACAGAGACAAAAAAUAUCCAAACCUCGGAAGAUGUAACAGUAGAAGAAAGUAAUGAUACUAAAUUAGAUAAAAAAAAUAUAGAAAGUUCUGACAAAAGUAAGAAAAAAGAAAUUCAAUCUUCACAGAGUGUUACAUUAAUUACGACUAAUGAUACAAAAUCUGAUGUAGAAAGUGCUGCAAGUUCUGAUAAAAUUGAGAUAAAUAAUGACAAGCCUUCAGAAAGUGUCACAAUAGAUGCUACUAAUAAAAAAUCAAAUGUACAAAAUACAAGAAGUACUACCCCCAUUAAGGCACUACAUACUGAAUCUUCAGAGGAUAUUAAAAUAGUUGCAUCCAGUGAUGCUGGAGAUGUACAAAAUGUAAAAAAUUUGGAUGAAACUGAGACAAAAAAUAUAGAAAGUUCUGAUAAAAGUGAGAAAAAGGCAAUUCAAUCUUUACAGAGUGUUACAUUAAUUACAACCGAUGAUACAAAAUCUGAUGUAGAAAGUGCUGCAAGUUCUGAUAAAAUUGAGGCAAAUAAUGACAAGCCUUCAGAAAGUAUCACAAUACAUGCAACUGAUAAAAAAUUAGAUGUACAAAAUGCAGGAAGUACUACCCCCAUUAAGGCACUACAUACUGAAUCUUCAGAGGUUAUUAAAAUAUCUGUACUCAAUGAUACUAGAGACAUGCAAACUGCAGAAAAUUUUGAUAAAACUGAGACAAAACAUAUCCAAAUUUCAGAAGGUGUAACAACAGAAAAUGAAACUAAUGAUACUACAUUAGAUAAACAAAAUAUAGAAAGUUUUGACAAAAGUGAGACAAAAGCAAUUCAAUCUUCACAGAGUGUUACAUUAAUUAUGACUAAUGAUACAAAAUCGGAUGUAGAAAGUGCUGUAAUCUCUGAUAAAAUCGAAGUAAAUAACAAGCCUUCAGAAAGUGUCACAAUAGAUGUAACUGAUAUUAAAUCAGAGGAACAAAAUGCAGAGAGUUCUAAUAAUUUUGAAACGAAAGAUAUCCCUUUGUUAGAAAGUAUUGUAGUUCAUAAAAAUGAUAUUCAACAUUUAGAAAAUGUCACAGAGUUAGAAAUAGUAGAGUAUAAAUUAAAAGAAGAUGAAGAAAAUGAAAACACUGAAGAUUCGAAUAAACUUGGCAAUGACAAAUAUAACUCACCUUUAUCAUUUGAAUCAAUUUUUCAAAAUGAAGUAUCAAUGACAUCACCUACUGAGAAUAUUGAAACGAAAAAUAUUCAGUUUUUUAAAAAUAUUGCUGGACAAUAUGGAGCAACUGAAUCAGACCCUAAAUCUAGUUCAGAUAUUGAGGAUACUAUGAAUCAAUCAAAUUUAGAUGUUCACUUUGAUUCAAAUAGUGGUGACAUUUCAUCUGAGACAGGAGCAAUAUCUGAAAAUAAUUUCCAUAAAAUUUCAGCUUCAUUUUCUAAUGUUUGUAGAGCUGAUAACAUUGAAUGUUCUUCAGAAGAUAUUCAAAAUGAUUUUCCACAUCACGAACAAAAUUUUCAAGAUGAUGAAGUACAAACUGAAAGUAAUUAUUGGUUGACAUUAAUGUAUUUAAGUGUUACUGCUACUGCGACACUUAUAUUUUCCUUAGGCUACUACUGUAUUGAGAAUAUGAGGAGUGAUAGACAGCUGAUAGCUAGAAUCAACAAACUUGAAAAGGAUUUACUUAUUUCUGAAGCAGAAUGUUCAAUGGUGAAUGAAAAUUUAAAAUCAACAAAAAGGAAGCUAAGUUGCAUGGAAGAUGAAUCAUUUGGUUCUGAUGAAAUGGUGCUUUCUUUAAGAGCUGACUUGGAAGCAUCACAGAAUGCGAAAGCAGAGUUGGAAGAUCAAGUAGCCAUGUUAGAGAAAGACCUAGAAAGUGCUACUGAAGCCGGGUUAGAAUUAGAAAAAAUGUUACGAGAAUUCCUAUCGUCAAACAAUGAAGUUAACCCGUUAGCUCAAUCAGUAGAAGACUUACAAACUAGGUUGAAUGUUCAACAAGCUGCAAAUGAGUCUUUAACGAAUGCUUUAAACCUUAAAACUCAAGAGAACGAAUCGUUAUCAGUAGAACUUGCAUCUAUUAAAAAGAAAUAUGAAGAACUUGAAGUUGAACUUAUCAGGGUUACAGAAAAUUUAAAGCUGGAAAUAAACAGUAAGAAUAGUGUUGAACAAAUGUUGACUGAUAAGGUGCAACAAUUAGAAAUGCAAAUUAAGGAAAUUUCUACUGAAAAAGCAACCUUACAAAAGGAAUUGAAAGGUAAAGAAGUAGAAGUAAAAGACCUUGUAGAUAUUAUUAAUCGAACGAAUUCUAAUAACUUGGAUUUGGACAAGUUAUAUGAUGUAUCCCAUAUUAAAGCAGAAGCAACAACAUUACUUGAAGAAAGAAACGAAUUAAAAAUACGAUUAGCUGAGGUUGAAGGAGCUCACGAUUUAUUAGAAGAACACGUAAAAGUCGUUAAAGAGGAAAUAGCUACUUUAAGCGAACAGUGUAAAAUAGCAGAAAAAGAAAAGAAAGAUGCGGAAACACGACUUGAGGUGUUAACAAACUUUUUCGAGGAAAAGGAGGCACAACGUCAAAAAGAAGAAGCUAUUUGGUUACAACAGCAGGGUGAAGUUGUAUCCACUGUAGAACGAAUACAAGCAAUGCAAAAUGAAAUACAAAACUAUAAACAACAAACAGAGGUGUUAAAACGAGAAAUAUUAGAUCAAGAAAGGGAAUAUAAAAAUCAGAUUUCUCUUUUUGAAACAAAGGCACACGAGCAAUGGGUGAUAGCCCGUCAAGUUGAGCGCCGUCUAGAGGAAUCAAAGGUCGAAGCGGGACAGUUACGGAAUCGACUUACAUUAAUAGAAAAAAAUAUUAAUGAUGUAGACCCUGAGGCGAAAUUACAUCGGUUGGAAGCAAACGGAGAGACGACAACGUCGCCUCCAUUAUUCAUAGGAGCAGAAUCAUCCAGUUCUCCCAUAAUGUUUUCUGGUUCUUCGAGUGUCCCUCCUCCACCACCCUAUUUACAUUCACUGUUUACUCCAUAUUUACCACUUCCAUUGCCAAAUACAUCCGGAGUACCACCAUACGAAGUUAGCCAACGACCACCACCAUUGGGUGGUCGCUUAUCUUCACCACCGCCUAUGCCUCUUCAUCCUCCUGCUUCAAGAGGGUACGAAAACGCAGGUUCCCCACCGCCAAUGUCUCCACACUUACUUCCGCCCUUUAACCAUAGAUCACCUCCACCCCCUUUUGGUAGUGAUAUUCAUCCACCUCCACCACCUCCACCUGGCUCGAUAUUACCACCACCCCUUGGAACGCAGCAUUCAUGGGGUGAAGAAUCACUGCCGCCUCCACGCAAUUCUGGUUUCCAUCCAACGCAACGAGAACGAGUUCGAAAUCACAAAGGUUCCUUACAUUCUUCAGGAGAGUCACUGGACAAAUCUCAUCAUAAUAGCAAAGUUUGAGUCCUUUAUUUUGUUAUAAAAUAUCAUCAUAUAUACGUUAAACUCGUCACUGUAGCUACGGGAUAAUCAAUUAUAAAACAAAAUUUGAAUAAAUAACAGUGGUGUAAAAUAUAUACUAAU